AUGGUGCUGUUAAAGAAUUACGGGAACGGCGGCUAUGUAUAUCAGAAGCUCCAACACCAAGCCGGCGACGGAAGCUCUUCCUUGCAUCUGACGGGUGUUGAUGAAGGAGGAGAGAGAUUCAAGCAUAAACUUGCGUUAAAAUACAACAAAGACGACAAAGGCUCUGAUAAUCUGAACAACUUUUGUGUUCUUUGCCUCUUUUGUGUUCUUCUUCUCGCCAUGGACGACCCCUCCCUCUCGAUUGAGGUAGAUGGAACCUUGAACUCCUUAAUUUUUCCAGAGUUGUUUGAGAGAUAG